CUCCCCUCUUUAUCUGAAGGAAGUGCCAAAAUAAGCCACGGCCAUUGCAGCAGCAGUGCCCAAGUCUGGACACUUUUCGCACUGGUCACUUGUUCGGGUUGAAGUCGGAGAAAGAAGAUUUUUAGGAUCACAACUUCACAAUGAUCACCACCACGACUGUACGGGGGGCUGUCCUGCUUUUGCUAGCAUCUGUCCAUGUGCUCAAACCAGUAUCUUCACUAACGACAACUGCACAAUCUGCACCAGAGUCUACAAAAGUGCUAACUGUACCACCCCCAACAAUGACUUCAAAACCUAAAGCUGACCUAUCUAUAAUAACGACUUCAAAACCUAAAGCUGACGUAUCUACAAUAAUGCCAAUAGGAAGUUCCCCCACAACCCCUCAACCUAAGACUAAUCCUCUACUGCCAACAUCUACACCCAAAGUUCAAACAACAAAGUUAACUCCUACACCUCCUCCAUGGACCACAGCUCUGAGAACAUUUAGUACCACAAUAAUGUCAAGAACUGUUGUAUCUGAGAAGACGACAUCAAAAAUGACAACAGCUGGUGUCAAAAUUACUCCUGCUCCUCACCCCACUCCCACUUCUCAUAAAGAUAACCGACUGUGGUGGAUCGUGUUGCCUACUCUUGUGGCUGUUGCUGUCAUCCUCAUGGUGCUCCGCUUCAAAUGCAAGAAAGUCGCUGAUCACGCAGACACAAUCGACACUGGUACUGAGAACGCUUCCUUCCAGAGUCGUCCCGAGAGUACCAAAGACGGCGUCAUGCUGCUGGGGGUGAAGUCAUCAGGAGCAGAGGAGAAUGUUGCAGCCAGAUAAAACCACUGCUGGGAGCCUGCGAUCCCCCCAACCUUGUGACUGUCCGCUCACUCAGCACAUGUAGGAGUCUCAAAUACUUUUUUUUUUAAAUUUUUUUUUUAACUUUUUCUAUUUUAAAUAAUAAAACUUUGAAAAUAUUUGACAGAACUAAUGAAUUGAAAAAUCUCUCCUGGCCUUGAAAUGUGUUUGACAACAUCAAGCUCUUUGUACAGCCUCACCUCAUCUGUAAUAAAUAAAUACAGUGUC